UUGAAAUAAUAAAAAUUAUUAUUAAACAAAAUGGCGAUUUUGUACCUUGCGGGUGCAGUCUUGUGCGUCGUGCUUUAUUUCGCCUUUCUCAAACGUUUUACCUACUGGAAAUCGCGCGGUGUGCCUCAGUAUAGCCUUUUGGUUAACUUUCGUGAAUUGCUACUCGGUUUGAUAUCACACAGAGGCACUACCGAGACCAUUCAGACAAUUUACAAUGCGUUCCCAGGGUCGAGGUACUGCGGGGAUUACCAGUGUUCGACGCCGAUUUUGGUUAUACGCGACCUUGAAUUGAUAAAGAAGGUCGCGGUGGUAGACUUUGAUCACUUUACCGAUCACGUCAAUAUGUCGGUGGCGCAGGACUCCGAGCCGAUUUGGAAAAAUAAUCUGCUCGCGCUAAAAGGUGACAAAUGGAAGGAUAUGCGGGCCACUCUCUCCCCUUCCUUUACAAGUAGCAAAAUGAAGGCGAUGUUUAACCUAAUAUCCAACUACUCCAAAGCGUUCGUGGAGUACUGCGAGGAACAUCCAGAUCAAGCCCACUCGAUGGAGAUGAAAGACGUUUUCACCCGAUUCACGAACGACAUCAUCGCGACCUGCGCCUUUGGUAUCAAUUGCGAUUCCAUGCGAAAUCCGCAGAACGAAUUUUACUUGAUGGGCAAAGAUAUAACCAAUUUCACGGGAUUUUGGGUCAACUUUAGGAUGAUUUUCACGUUCCUGUUUCCUCGCCUAGCAAAACGACUACAAAUAACGUUCUUCUCAAAGCGGGCGACGCACUUCUUCGCGACCCUCAUUCGGGAAAACAUCGCGAGUCGAGAGCAGAAUGGCAUUAUACGCCCUGAUAUGAUUCACUUACUGCUAGAAGCACGAAAAGGCAAAGCCCGCGAGGACUCCCGAUUCACGGUGACCGAAGGAGUUGCUGAUCGACAGGAAGAGAAACGGAAGAAGGAACAAUUGACCGACUUGGACAUAACGGCUCAAGCGCUAAUCUUUUUCCUUGCCGGUUUUGACACCGUUUCUUCUUUGAUGUGCUUCAUGGCACACGAACUUGCCGUUAACGCCGACAUCCAAGAACGUCUUCAACUUGAAGUCGACGACAUCAUGCGGCAAUGCGAGGGGAAUAUCACCUACGAGGCGUUGUCAAAAAUGGAAUACAUGGACAUGGUGGUUUCAGAAACGAUGAGAAAGUGGCCAUCCCCCGUAUUCUCCAAUCGCGCCUGCACCAAAUCGUACACGAUCGAACCCGAAAAGGAAGGCGAAAAGGCCGUAAAGUUGAACGUGAACGAUCCCAUUUUGAUUCCGAUCUUCGCGAUCCAUCGGGACGAAAACAAUUACGAAAACCCCACCCGAUUCGAUCCCGAACGGUUCAAUAGGGAGAAUAAGGCGAGCGUACUUCCCUACCAGUUCAUACCGUUCGGCGUCGGGCCGAGGUCGUGCAUCGGAAAUCGUUUCGCACUCAUGGAAACGAAACUGGCCUUCUUCUACCUUCUGAGCAAAUUUAAUCUGGUGGUCACCGAAAAGACCGACGUACCGCUGCAGCUCGACAAACAUGCAUUUCACCUGAACGCCAAAAACGGAUUUUGGUUAGGCUUAAAAGCGAGAACACCCUGACCUCUUGUGCCAUGGUCGGGCAUGGGUCUUUAACUUUACUAAAAUACAGCAUCAACAUUAUUUUCUCUAUUUUUAGUGUAGAUAAAUGCAUUUUAAAAAUACGAUAUCAACUUCCUCUAA